AUCCCACCUCCUGAGCUCUCCCUUUAUCGAGCUGAAAAUCCCACCUCCUGAGCUCUCCCUUUAUCGAGCUGAAAAUCUCAAGGUUAUUUUAUUGUUAUGGCGGCUGUUCUACAGGCGGCGGCGCUCCUGAUGGGGUUCCAGAGCGGCAUCGAGAGAUUUCGGCUCAGAUCGGUGCUCCGAUCCUCUCCGGUUCCGCUGGAGCGUGCUUUGGUCGUUAGAGCUGAUGGGAGGUUAUCUGCAAUUUCUGGUGUGAUGCCUCGGAGUGUUAGGUUGAUCCCAAAUGCAGUUGCAGCCAAGGCCGAUACUACCGGUACCUCUGCUGCCUCGAAACCAGGCCACGAGCUUCUACUAUUUGAGGCUUUAAGAGAGGGCCUGGACGAAGAGAUGGAACGGGAUCCCCGAGUGUGUGUCAUGGGUGAAGAUGUUGGCCACUAUGGAGGGUCAUACAAGGUGACCAGAGGUUUAGCCUCCAAGUAUGGUGACCUGAGGAUUCUUGAUACCCCCAUUGCUGAAAAUUCUUUCACAGGCAUGGGCAUUGGAGCUGCCAUGACUGGCCUGAGACCUGUAAUUGAGGGCAUGAACAUGGGCUUCCUCCUCCUCGCCUUCAACCAGAUAUCUAAUAAUUGUGGCAUGCUCCACUACACUUCUGGAGGCCAGUUCACCAUCCCAGUUGUGAUCCGCGGACCCGGGGGCGUUGGCCGUCAGCUAGGUGCAGAGCACUCCCAGCGCCUUGAGUCUUACUUCCAGUCCAUUCCUGGCCUUCAAAUGGUCGCCUGCUCCACCCCCUACAACGCCAAGGGCCUCAUGAAAGCUGCCAUCCGAAGCGAAAACCCCGUGGUUCUUUUUGAGCAUGUUCUGCUUUAUAAUCUCAAGGAGAGGAUCCCCGAUGAAGAGUACAUGCUGUGUUUAGAGGAGGCGGAGAUGGUUAGGCCUGGGGAGCACGUUACCAUCCUAACCUACUCUCGCAUGAGAUACCAUGUAAUGCAGGCUGCCAAGACACUGAUAAACAAGGGAUAUGAUCCUGAGGUCAUUGAUAUCAGGUCAUUGAAGCCGUUUGAUCUCCACACCAUUGGAAACUCUGUCAAGAAGACUCACCGUGUACUGAUCGUCGAGGAAUGUAUGCGCACUGGAGGGAUUGGCGCAAGUUUGAGGUCGGCCAUUAUUGAUAACUUUUGGGAUUAUUUGGAUGCCCCAGUUAUGUGCUUGUCUUCGCAGGAUGUACCGACUCCCUACGCAGGGACGUUGGAAGAGUGGACUGUUGUGCAACCGGUACAAAUUGUAGCAGCUGUGGAGCAGCUCUGCAGGUAAUUUUAUUGUCUUCAUGAUGCCGGAUUAUUUUAUCCAAGAACGCACUUUUAUUUAUUUUUCUUUGUUGUUGUGCUUUGUUAUUUCUGUUAUUGUAUUUUAGGCUUCUACAUUGCUGCUAUUAAUUUAUUUAGAGCCGGCUAUCCUGUUUUCCUUUUUAUAAUGAAGCCUGGGAAGAAAUAAAUUUUGUUUUUCUUGGGGUAACAUUUUCAGUAAGG